AUGGGUCGGAGAAAGAUUGAGAUCAAGGCCAUCAAGGAUGACCGCAAUCGCUCAGUCACGUUCCUGAAACGAAAGGGAGGUCUGUUCAAGAAGGCUCAUGAGCUUGCUGUCCUCUGCUCCGUUGACGUAGCUGUCAUCAUUUUUGGCCACAACAAGAAACUAUACGAGUACUCAUCAUGUGACAUGCAUGAUGCCCUUGGUCGCUAUCAAUAUCAUAAAGGUCCGGAAGAUUUCGCGGGUAAGCGAGACGACGACGACGAGGAAGAUGAGGUUUCACCGGCUCCCGAGGACAUCCAAGCAGUUCAACAGAACCACCCCGCCAUUCCCCCUCACCUCCAAAACCAGCCCGCCUUCCAGCACAUAAAUCAUGCACCCUCCGCGUCACCCCCGAUCCAUGCUAUGACACGUCAUGGCACACCGCAACCACAGGGCACUUCGCGUCCCUCGUCAAGGAAUCAUGUUCGCCGAGUCAGCUCAAAUUUAGGUCCCCAGCAUCAUGGUACACCGCCGCCCCCUGGUCCCCAAAAUGGCGGGUUUACGUACAUGCAGAAUCCGUCUAUGUACAACCCGAAUGUUCAUCCAAUGAACCAGCAGCCUCGACCGGGACAGUUUACGCACUAUGGACACCCACCGGGGCAACACCAAGGGACGCCUCCUAUGCACCCUCACAGUUUGCCGCCACAGCAAAUGCCGCCACAGCACCAGGCACAGCAGCAGACACAGCAUCAGACACAGCACCAGGGCCAACAGCAUUUCCAACAACACGGCCAUGCCGUAGGAAUGCCUCCGGGGCACCAGCAUGUGCAGGCAUAUAUGCAGGAACAUGGGAGAAAUUCGAUGCCUCCAGGGUUCGCACCUGACGGUCACCAAGAACGGACUGCCUCGGAGCACCCCCAGGAUGAUUCCUCGGGUGCAAUGAAAGCAGAGCACAGCCAAUCGCCGCCGCAAAUGAAGUCGUUAUCUAAAUCACGGAGUAUUUUCACGCCUAUUGAUGACCGAGGAUCAGUGCUCGCCCGUUUCGGGCCUGGAAUGGGAUCAUAUGAAUCUCACAAUAACCAUUCUCUCAAGCUUGAAGCAUUACCACAAGCCUCGCCUGGUUCCAAAUCAAUACCGGUUAGAGCUGCGACAGAGGCUCCUCGUGGAGGGCAAGUCGCUUCGACGCCAAAAAUCAAACCACCAUCCCGAACUAACAGUGGACCGUUGCCGUCAAAACGACCGCAGUUGAAGGUGCAGAUUCCUAGCGAAACCUCCGAUGGUGGCAGUGCCACGGCCGACUCGUCCCGUGAUUCUACUGGGAAUAAAACCUCGACGCCUGCAAAAGGAAGUGCCGAAACUGGACUCCCGGGCGUGGUCUUACCCCCUCCGUCGCCAUCUGCCGGUGCAAUACUGAGUGCGGGUGCGCAAGGGCCUCCAAAUCCGUUUGCGCGACCGCCUCCACCCGUUUCCACAACGCGAAACGACUCUUACGGCAGUAAUAGUGGGAAUCAGAACAAUGGGAAUAACUCGAAUAACAUUGAAACGCCCAUAUCCGCCCUGCCGAGUCGCUUUGUAUCCGAUGCACUCCUCCCGUCACCUUCCAGCUUCUUCCCCGAAUGGGGCUUCAGCCGCUCCGGCCCAGACUCCAACAUGCUGCCCAGUCCCCUCACCUUCCCGACUCCGGCAGUGCAAAGCGGUCCCAGCUUUUCUCGAGAAGACGAACAAGACAAGAAGAGAAAAAGCCCCGACGGUGGAUCCGCAGGGGAAGGUACACAUAAAAAACCGAAAACAUGA